AUGCCUAAUCCCUAUAAAGGCUUAUUAACCAGCUGGAGACACCCGUCUGAGAAAGGCGAGUCUAGUCGAAGGUCUUCCACGGAACAAGCGAGUCAGCCGGACUUGAACAAUGACGCUGAUACUACCGGUACCCCUUCGUCUAUCUCUUCGCCGCAGACUAUACCGAAUCCAAAUCAGAGUCUGUUAUCUCUACCCUCACUUGGUAAUUUUGACCCAUCAGAUGAUGAUAUUUAUACGUCUAUGAGUCCCAAUACUGUGGCACCUUUUCCACCAAGUACUGAUGGCUCCGGUACUGCUGCAGGAUCCAGUACAGGUCCAUUCUCAACAUCGAUUCAAAGACAGGUCCCGACACAGAUUUCGCAUUGGGAGAACGUUUCCUCCUCAAGUGCAUCUAUUGCAUCUAGUAAGCCUUCGACUAUUAGUACUGUUCAGUCAAGUAUGUUCUCCAGGAAUGCACCAACUUUUGGUACCGUGUCUAGUUACGGGUCGUCAGCUGCUAGUGGAUUUGGACGUAAAGGUGGUCUUGAAUUUUCAGCUGCUAUCGCUGAAGAGGGCUCUUUGUCCACUUCAUCAGAGGGCAGAAACGUUAUGAGAGUUGUGGACCCAGAUGAAAUGAAUUCUUUGGUAGACGACGUUAAUUCCCUUAGAACCCGAGGUUCAAACUUCGGACCGCAUUCAUCCUCUCCUCAUCAACCUAGGACGGCGGUAAUCCCCACUAGAAGUCUUUUGCCAGAUGUUUCUACUUCCAACGUGUCAACUUCUGCUCUCUCGGACCAUUCUUAUUGGCCCGAACGGGGCAGCUCUGUUUCCUCAUCAUGGUCUUCUGCUGGAGCUGCCGGUGGUAGUGGCGGCUCCGGAGGAGGGUCCUUUGGUCGUCCGAAUGUUCGAAGACCAUUAACUGCCCAAGACGAACUUAAGGAUCUUGCUGAUAGUUUGACUCAGCUAAUGGAGCAAACAAUGUCUCGAACGAUUGAUGUAUCCAGAGCUGCGGUAUCAGUAAAUCAGCUACUGAGACAAACUCUAACAUCUCCUCUCCUAGAGAAUAUUCCUGAAAAUGAGAUAACACUUCACUCCACCCCUUCUCUUACUCGCAUCAUUAAAGUUUCAUUUAAUUUCACUGACAAUCUUCUUCUGUCCCCGGUAUUCCAGCCCAUCAAGAUGUUUAUAUUAAGGGCACUUCAUAGUUUAGGCGUUCACCUUAAGCUUGUUCCUCCAGUAAUAGGAACUGUCCCUCAUCCAAAGAACUUUGCGAUUGGAUCUAUCCCUGAAUUACCAGGACAGAAUACUGUUGAAGCUUUGAUUAAUGCGGUUGCAGCAAAUGAUUCUAACGGUAUAUCCGAACAAGAUGGUGCAUUUAUUGCUCCUAUAUUACGUGGGUUUUCUCCUGACUUUUCUGUUCUAUCACUCUCUUUUGGAUUUCCUCAACGGGAACAGCACCAUGUUGAUAACACGGCAGCUCUGUACGACAUUUCAAGGGACAUCCAUUUUUAUUCACAGAAGAGCUCUAUCAGGGUAUGUUCUGAUGUAGCUACCGCAUCUACGUCCACUCAAGUACCAGGUAGUUUCAAUACGACACCUCAUCAAUCCGCUCAUUUCAUUCCGCCAUAUAGAGUGCCAGUGAAUAGUAAGAGUCCACCAAUUUCGAUUUCUCUUGCUACUGAGACUGCAACUAAUCUAAGUGGUACUCUCGGAGGAUAUGUAUAUCCUAAGAUCGAUCCUUCAGAUCCCAACUUGGCCGAGUACGCGAAGUCGACCUUUGCGAUUACAUGUGCCCAUGUUUGUCUCUCAGAGUCCCGUGGUUCUCCCCAUCCAUUCGUAUCUGUUCCUUCUCCAGUUCUUGUCAACAUUUAUAAAAGUGCCUUAGUACGAGAGCGCAACAAGUACCCUGCGAAUAGUCAAGAGCACCAAGAGUAUGAAGUGGCAAUCAAUCAAUUGACUUCCAAAACAACGGAGAAGCCGCAUGAGCCAUUUGGACAAGUAGUAUGGGGUGAGCGCACCGUGGUCAAUGGAUCUAUUUCGGAUAUUGCUAUUAUUAAAUGUAGUCCUAAGAUGAAAUGCAGGAACUUUUUGGGUGACGAUAUCUCGUUUGCCCAGUACGAUCCAGGGCUCAUGUUUGGCAACCUUCACAUCAAAAGGAUCAUUCGAAAGCUACAUCCUGGUAUGAAUGUUUUUAAAUAUGGAAGCACCUCAAAAUAUACUACUGGUAAACUCAAUGGAACGCGCAUGGUAUAUUGGGCGGAUGGAAAAUUGCAAUCUAGUGAAUUCGUCGUAUGUUCUGAAUCCCCUGUAUUUGCUUCAGGAGGAGAUUCGGGAGCUUGGGUUUUGCAGAAGAGCGAAGACAUGCAAGAUGAUGACGAUACCUACUCUGGAUCUGACCAUGAUUCCACUCUUACAAGUCGUAGCACUGGUGGGCCCUGUCUUGGUGUAUUAGGAAUGUUACAUUCUUAUGAUGGCGAACGUAAAGAAUUUGGAUUGUUUACCCCCAUCGAGUCGAUCCUUAAUAGACUACAUGAGGUAACACAUAUAAAAUGGGGUGUGGUAGGAGUUCCUGACAGUGAGUCUGAGGAUCUGUUGAUUGGAGGAAGUGAAAGUAGUGAUUCAGGGGAUGAUGUUAGUGAUACUGAUCCUGUUUCUGUUGUUUGA